AUGGUCGCUCAAGAUGUAGUGUUAACCGCCAUCAAGCUAAUCGCGAACCUGACUCUUUCACAACUGAACUCAAGCGCUGCUGCCGAUGGUGUUGCUGCUGAUGCGGCCGACGCUGGCGUCACUGGAAAUUCCGGCUGCCUCCUCUACACCGUCCAGACCAACGACACUGGUUACAACAUCGCCAAAAGUUUCGGUCUUGACUUCCCUCUCAUCAACGCCUCCAACCCCAACGUCGUCUGGGAGAAAAUCAAGGUCGGCGAGGCGAUCCUGAUCCCCACCGGCUUCACCUCACAACCAGAGAAAAAUGUCGCGCCUGCGCCAUCUUGCCCUAGCUCACCGGCAGCUGGGUCUCAAGCUACUUCAUCGCCAGCUGUAGCCCCUUCCGCUUCUUCAGCCGCAGAUGAGGACUCAGAACUACCAGAGGACAAUCCUGAUGAUGCAUCUCCCGCGGCCUCCAUCCCCACCAAUCCUCCCGCAGCCACCUCUCCAACUCCUCCUGCGGCCAACGCCAAUACACCCGCUGGAAACAGUGCUGGGGCUGGCACUGCUGCCGCCGGCACAGCCCCUUCUGCAGCCAACACCCAGGCUCCCAACAUGACCAGUGCUGCAGCCGGCACCGCUGCAGCUGCGAAAGGGGCACCCGCUCCUGCCACCUCGGGCUGCAAGUCUGUGGUCGUCGCCAAGGGCGACACUGGCUAUCAAAUCGCCACGAAAAACGGCCUCACCAUGGCUCAGUUGAAUGCGCAAAACCCAGGCAUGGUCUGGGAGAAGAUGCAAGUCGGUCAGACUUUGCUUCUCCCACCUUCUGCGAAUGGCACAGGCCUGGCGUCCGUCCCGGAUUGCAAGCCUGCAGUUAUUAUACCUGCUCAAGUCGACGAAGCUGGAUCCUCCGGUGCAGCUCCAGUAGUUGCCACCAAUACCAGCAAGCCCGUCACCAGCGCUCCUGCCGCGUCGACCCCAGCGCCUGCUUCCAACAUUGCCAGUGCAUCUCCCGCGGCAACCUCCUCUCCGCCAGCCUCAUCCCCACCCGCAAGCAAGCCUGCCUCUUCCACAGCAUCCACCAACAAGUCCGGCGCCGAACCCGUCUCUGCCCUCCUGUCCAUCUCCCCGAGCUCCAAGAGCUGCGACGACGCCAAGUUCAAAGACGAAUGCGCCACCGCGACCGACGCCGCGCCGCACAUCGUGAGCUCCUUCGCGCAAUACAACGUCACCAGCGCCGGCGAGCAAGCCGCCCUCAUCUCCUGGAUGAUCUUCGAGAGCGCCGGCUUCAAGUACAACAAGAACCACUUCCCAGCCCCCGGCCGCCCGGGCCAGGGGACGCGCACGAUGAUGAUGCCGGAAUUCGUGCAGAAAUACGCCAAGAGCAUCAAGGCGUUGAACGGGCCCGUGGGGACGGAUGAGCAGGUGUUGGCGUUGGUCAUGGUGCCGGAGUAUACGUUUGGGAGCGCGGCGUGGUUUCAUUCCAGUCAGUGUAGCGAGGGGGUCAAGAAGGGGCUGGCGGAAGGGACGACGAAAGGGUGGGAGGCUUGGUUGAAGGAGUGUGUGCAGACCGAGGUGGGUGAGGCGGGGCCGGAUGGGAGGAGAGAGAUCUAUGAUCGGGCGCGGAAGGCGUUGGGGGUUAGUGUGGUGUAG